CGGGUAUUUUUGGCUUUUCAGAUGGUACUCUGCUCUUCUGGGCGAAAGAAGCGUCAUUCAAAGUUGCGAAAUUGUUGGCCGUGUGUUGAAGAGAAAUCCGCGAGGUCGGAAUGAAAAUCUCGCGGCACAAACGAACGCAGCGCAUUCUCAGCUUCUACGCGAAUAACUUUGGCUUCCGAGAGCCGCACCAGGUCCUGGUCGAUGGCACGUUUUGCCAGCAAGCAUUGAAGAAUAAGGUGAAGAUCGUGGACCAGAUCCCAACUUUCCUGGGCGGACGAGUGGAGAUACUCACGACCAGUUGCGUGGUGGCUGAGGCUGAACAGUUGUUGCCUAUGACUUACGGAGCGUUCUCCAUCUUGAAGCAGUUUCCGGCCAGGAAAUGUGGACACAAAGAACCCAUCGGCGGGGCUCAGUGUCUGUUCACCAUGUUUAAACUGGGGAAUCCUCACCAUUACUUUGUUGCGACGCAGGACAAAGAGUUGCAAUCCAAAGCUCACAACAGGCCUCCAGUCCCUGUCAUUUACCUGCAUGGAGCGACUCCUACACUAGAGAAGCCGUCAGAGAAAUGCGAGCGGAAAGUGAACUCUCAAUUGUCAGAGAAAAUAAAUGUCGGAGAAAAGGAAAGCGAACUUUUGGAAGUGCUGAAGGAAGAACUCGGCGUGUCUGAGCCUGCAAAAAAGAAACGGAAACGCAAAGGUGGGCCGAACCCGUUGUCAUGCAAGAAGCCGAAAGUGGAUCGAAAAGAUGGCGAAGAUGCGAAUCAGGGUUCAGAAUUGCCGACAAAGAAGAAACGGAAGAGGAAGCGUGUGAAAAUUCCGAAGCAUGUGAAAGAAGCCUUGAAAGAUCCUGGAUUGUGAUCUUGAUUAAAGUUGUUAUUUUCUGACGAA